UGGAGGCGCGGCGGGGGCCGCACGUGUGUCAGCCAGCGCGUUUCUGGAUUACUGUUACCCGUGGUGAACUUGUCAGCGCGGGAUUUCCUUCAGGCCUGAGGAUGAAGGCGAGAAGAAAUAAAAAACAGGUCCCAAGCUUUCGCAAGUUACUGAAAACCAGUAAAGUCAAACUUGAAAACAAGCUGAAAAAUAAGCAGUUUAAACAACAAAGCUCUCUCAAGAAAUACCGAAAAGAACAGAGGAAACUAAGGCAAGCUGUGAAAGAUGCUGUGUCUAAAAAUCCCAUCCCGUUGGAGGACCCAAAGAAAAUACGACCAGUUAAAAGGUUGGAGAAAGAGGAGAAAAAAGAAGAAGAAGAGGAAGCUCUUCCUUUAGAUAUGAUGGAUGAAGAUGACUUACAAUUAAUGAAGGACUUAGGACAAAAAGCAUCUUUUCUGACAAGAGAUCUUUCUUCUAGUGAGCCAGUUCAUGCCAAGAAACGAAAACAUGAGCGUGUCAUAGAUAAGUAUGAGAAAAUACCAAGAACUUUGCAAAGUGCACCAGAGAAGGAACUGAUUCACUUGCUUCCUAUCAAAGAUAAAAGUGGUAUAAUCCCACAGACCAGAGAGAAACUUGUUAUUGAUAGUAACAAAGAUGAAGAGGAUCGAGAAGAAGAGCUGGAACUUGAAGAAGAAGUCACUGAGGAGCCUGUUCGAGAGUUGACUACAGAAGAGCAUUUGAUUGAGAGGAAGAAGAAACUGCAGGAAAAGAAAAUGCACAUUGCAACCUUGGCGUCUGCCAUAUUGUCAGACCCAGAAAGUAAUAUUAAAAAACUAAAAGAGUUACGUUCCUUGCUGAUGGAACAAGAUCCUGAUGUGGCUGUCACUGUUCGAAAGUUGGUGAUGAUCUCUCUGAUGGAGCUGUUUAAGGACAUUACUCCUUCAUAUAAAAUCCGGCCCCUGACAGAAGCAGAAAAAUCUACUAAGAUCCGCAAAGAAACCCAAAAAUUAAGAGAAUUUGAAGAAGGGCUGGUUAGCCAAUACAAAUUUUAUCUGGAAAAUUUGGAGCAAAUGGUAAAAGACUGGAAGCAAAGAAAGCUGAAGAAAAGCAAUGUCGUUUCCUUAAAGGCAUACAAAGGACUGGCUGAAGUGGCUGUGAAGAGCCUGUGUGAGCUGCUGGUGGCUUUGCCUCAUUUUAAUUUUCACAACAACAUCAUCGUAUUGAUUGUCCCUCUCAUGAAUGAUGUGUCAAAAUCAGUAUCUGAAAUGUGUUGUGAGGCAGUAAAGAAACUCUUCAAACAAGAUAAAUUAGGCCAAGCUUCUCUUGGUGUAAUUAAAGUGAUUUCUGGCUUUGUGAAGGGCAGAAAUUAUGAAGUUAGGCCAGAGAUGUUGAAAACAUUUUUGUGUCUAAGAAUCAAAGAAGUAGAAGUGAAAAAAGACACAGAGGACAUCAAUAAACCAAAAAAGUUCAUGACUUUUAAGGAAAAAAGAAAAACUCUAUCAAGGAUGCAGAGAAAGUGGAAGAAAGCAGAAGAAAAACUAGAGCGAGAGCUGCGAGAGGCAGAAGCUUCAGAGAGUACUGAGAAAAAGCUGAAGCUGCACACGGAGACUUUGAAUAUUGUGUUUGUGACCUACUUCAGAAUAUUGAAGAAAGCUCAGAGGUCGCCUCUCCUGCCUGCAGUUUUAGAAGGUCUUGCCAAGUUUGCUCACCUUAUAAAUGUGGAAUUUUUUGAUGAUUUAUUAGUAGUUCUUCAUACGCUCAUUGAAUCUGGUGACUUAAGCUAUCAAGAAAGUCUUCACUGUGUGCAGACUGCUUUUCAUAUUCUUUCUGGGCAAGGUGAUGUUUUGAAUAUCGAUCCAAUGAAAUUCUAUACACAUCUCUACAAAACACUGUUCAAAUUGCAUGCAGGUGCUACCAACGAAGGUGUGGAGAUUGUACUGCAGUGCCUCGAUGUCAUGCUGACCAAGCGCAGGAAGCAGGUUUCUCAGCAGCGAGCCCUCGCCUUCAUCAAGCGCCUUUGUACCCUGGCUCUUCAGGUUCUGCCGAACUCGAGCAUUGGCAUUUUGGCAACUACUAGAACAUUAAUGCACACUUUCCCGAAGACGGAUCUGUUGCUUGACAAUGACUCUCAGGGCAGUGGGGUUUUCCUGCCCGAGCUGGAUGAACCCGAGUACUGCAACGCACAGAACACUGCGCUGUGGGAGCUGCACGCGCUGCAGAGACAUUACCAUCCCAUAGUGCGGAGGUUCGCAGCUCACCUCAUUGCUGGAGCGCCUUCUGAGGGCUCUGAGGCGCUCAAGCCGGAGUUGAGCCGAAGAUCCGCCAUUGAACUCUUUGAGCAUUACAGCAUGGCAGCAAUGACAUUCAAUCCUCCUGUGGAAUUUUCAGACUCCAAAAGGAAGGAUAAAGUUCUACAAGGGGAGUCAUUUCUAAAUGAAGAUUUAAAUCAAUUAAUCCAAAAACACUGCACUGAAGUUGCUCAUCAGUCAUCCUUGGAUUUCACCAAAUACUUAAGAACGUCACUAAAAUAGUGCAAAAAUGAAGAACAGUGGACUUUUUCUUGUAUAUUUGUGUUUAUGUGCAGGUGCAUAUAAAGACAGGGUAGGUUAGGAGUUUUUUCUUUUUUGUCUUUUUGAAACAGAGUCUCCUGUGCAGUUUGGGCUGGCCUUGAGCUCACUUUGUAG